AUGAGGCAGGAAGUUCAACCGCGUCCGGCAAAGCGCGCCAAGACAACGAAAGUCCAGGAUUCGAUAUGUAUCGGGCGAGAAGUUCUGACAGUCACUUUCUGCGGUGAGGCGGCGGCAUCCCAAAAACUUCCAAUGACGACGCGGAAAGAUGUUGGCUAUGUUAUCGAUGCCCGUCUAGCUGAUGAGGCUCGAAACCCUGGCAACUGGCGAUUGCUGCUAAAGCCUCGACCCAACUACCGCGGCCGUCACUUUAGGCUCGAUUUGCCUCUGGGCGACGCUAAGAAGACUCGGUCGUUAAGGACAGCCUUGCACGUCGCGGAGAUUCAGGCCUCUGACCCCGGCGAAGAGGGUUGUAUAUGGGCUUCCGUCGAUGCCUCUGUGGAGCAAAUUGGGAGUUCGAUUCAACUCAGUCUCGCCAUCGAAGUGAGGUGGAACGAGAGUCUAACAAUAUGGGGAAGCGAGCGGUCCAGACUGAACUCACAGCAAACUCUCCGAGACGAAGUCCUCGAGACUUGGUUUCCCAAUCUCCACCUGCCCAAGGGCAGCGACGCCCAACCGUCGUGGUCUCCACAAGAUUUUUACGAAGCCGCAUGUGUCCCCGACAAGGAUAAGCUGGAAGCAGAUGUAUCAUCAAUGGAAGUUCCAAGGUUGGAAUCAGUCUUGUACCCCUUUCAACGCAGAGCUGUUCAAUGGCUUCUGAGGCGGGAGGGCGUGUGCUGGCAUCGUAACACCGAUAGCAGCCAAGCAGGUAUACAACCGUACGUUCCGUCGGACUUGUCAGACCCACCAAUCUCCUUCUAUGAAGCCAGAGACGUGGUCGGCAACCCUAUCUGGGUCAGCCCUUUACUUGGGGCGGCUACUAGAGAUGUGUCGCUGUUUCGACCCAUUCAGGAUCUGCGCGGCGGCAUUCUCGCAGAGGAGAUGGGGCUCGGAAAGACUUUGGAGGUGAUUGCAUUGAUACUGCUGCAUCGGCGACCCGAGUUUCCUGUCAUGGUGUACGAUUCCUUUCUGGGCCGCGAACUUUUGGCAACUUCGGCGACUCUGAUCGUUGCUCCUUCUUCCCUCCUCGACCAGUGGCUGUCGGAGCUCAACCGCCACGCACCAAGUCUCAAGGUCAUAGUCUAUCCCGGGGUUAAGAGGCUUGCCAGGGCGAAGGACCCGGAUGAACUAUCCGCUGAACGUUUGGCUGAACAAGACGUUGUCCUCACCACUUACGAUGUUCUCAGGAAAGAUAUUUGGGCGGCUUUGGAUGAGCCGGUCCGCUCGAUGCGCAACGAGAAGCAGUAUGAACGAGUCAAAUCCCCGCUUGUACAGCUCUCGUGGUGGCGGGUGUGCAUCGACGAAGCCCAGAUGGUAGAAAAUUGGACGAACAAUGCGGCGAAGCUUGCUAGGAAUAUUCCUCGUAUCAAUGCUUGGGCUGUCACGGGCACGCCCGUCAAAGAUGAUGUGCAAAAAGGUGCGGACGAGCCUCCAUGCUACUAA